UCGUCCUUGUGGCCACGACAGGCGACAGCCACCCGGAAGAAGAAAGGGAACCACCCACCAGCCACCGCCGGCCAAGCAAAAGGCUCCUCCGGCCGGAACCAAGUCCACCACCUCGCGCAGGAAUCCACGACCACCACAGGAAAAAGACGAGAGCGCGCCGACCUCACCUUUACCAUAAAAUCCCUCGGCUUUUAUCCGCGAUCGGCGAUCCCCCACUGCCGCGCGUGUUCUCUCCACGCCUUCCCCGUCAUUACCCAUGGCCGAUUCCGCCGCGCUGUCCACCGCUUCCUCCUCCCUCCCCCGCUCGCUGGCGUCCAGGAGGCCCCUCUCCUCCCCUCUCCACGCAAGGUCCCGGCUCCUCCGCCGCAGCCGGUCCGGAUCGCGGUCGCUCCACCGGCUGCGAGCUCGGGCGGGGAAGGACGAUCCGGAGGACCUCUACGGGCCCUACCCCUGGGACCAGCCCCUGGAUCUCGCCUCCGGGUUCGCACUAGCAGACAUUCAGUGGGUGCCGGAAGACAGGGUCACACUCUUCACUUCGGAUGGGCUGGUCCAAAUUGGGGGUUCCCUGGUUCCUCGUCGAGUUAGUUCUUCUGAGAGGCAACAGAAAUUGAAGAGUAAACAAAAGUUGCGCAGGUUUCAGGAGAGCUCCUACAUGGAUCCAAAUCAAAGUCUUUGUCUUGGAGCACUAUUUAACAUAGCGGCAACAAACGGUCUGGACAUGGGCAGAAGAUUAUGCAUCUUUGGCUUUUGUCGUUCCAUUGAAAUGCUAAGUGAUGUGGUGGAAGAUACAGUAUUGGAGCAUGGUGGUGAGGUUGUCGCCGCAGAAAAGGCGAGCAAUGACGGGCUCCAGGAGAAGCUAACCAUGUCUGUCGCGGUACCAUUGCUCUGGGGUGUUCCUCCAGCAUCAGAGACCCUCCAUGUCGCCGUGCGGAGCGGUGGAGGUAUCGUGGACAAGAUCUAUUGGCAGUGGAACUUAUUCUAGACGUCCAGAGCCAAAACGUUAACAAAAAUUGAUUCACGCUGUAUAUAUACUCUCACUCUAAUUCGCUGCACGCAUUGUGCCAGCAAUUGUCCAUUGUGCAGAAACUGUAAACUUAAUCUCUACUAUUAUGAUUGGUAGGUUGCAUAA